UAGCUAUCAUUUUUUUUUUUAAUUUUUUAAAUCUGUGCUCCAGUAAAAUAAGGAAAACAAGAAUUGAACCGUGAUUGUAGGUGGAUAAGUCUUUUAUUAGUGAACCUAGAAAUCCUCCUUUUAGCAAAGGAACUGACAAAUUGGAUUAAUGUAUCCAUCAAUCCUCCCAAAGAAUGUACACUAUCGUGAAUUGGUUUAGUGGAUAGAGACUUUUUCAUUAACCCGUUGCGUUUUGAGUUCAAACCGUCCCUCCCCUCUUCUUAGCAUAGUUUGAAAUAUUAGUAUCAUUUGUAACAAGAAAGUUCAAAUUACAUUUGAGUUGUGAACUUGACCAUAAUGGACAUGCAAUGGAAAAUUAAACAUACCAAAAUCGAGGGCAAAAUGGUCUAAUAAAACUGGACUGUUGGGGGUUGGGGUUGGUGUUUUACGUCUUGUGCCAGACGCGAAACUUUGUUAGCGUUGGCAUUCCAAAAACGGCAAUAUCGGUUGUUGAGGAUCUUUCUUUGCGCUCGUAAAAGUGCAGUAAAUCAAUGAGUCCGAUGGACAAUCCUCCUCGCCUCUCUGUCGUAACCAUGCCAACAACUAAAGCUCAAUUUUUGAAACUGAUGAUGAAGACGACGAUGAUGCAGCAGAAGCCAAUAAGUUGUACCUGAAAAAAAAAAAGAACAAAAAAAAGGAGAACCUUUUCCUCUGGAAAUUCUUGGGAUUCGAAACAGGGUUUCUGACAAAGGGCGAUACAUGGAGCUUCUGCAAGAGGAACUUUCACCAGAUGACUUCAAAGCUGCUAAAACAAACUGUAUAAAAUAUACCAGGCAGGACUCGAUGCAUGGAGCUUACAUCAUGAAUGACUUUGAAUGGAAACAUUACAGUCCUGCAGUUUUCAGACGUCUGCUGGAGCUUGACAGUAUUAGUUAUGACGACUACCUGCUUACAAUAUGUGGAGAUGACACUCUAAGGGAGGUUUCUUUACCAGGAAGACAUGGUAGGGUGUAUAUAUUGCCUGGUGACAAACGAUUCGUGAUUAAAACCCUGCGGAAAUCAGAAAAGAAGGUGUACCUAGAAAUGCUUCCAAAUUAUUACCGCCAUGUUAAGAAGUAUGGCGCCUCACUUUUGAACAGACUGUAUGGACUUCAUGUUAUCAGGCCACCAGGAGGUAUCAAGGUUUACUUUGCCGUUUGGGCAACUGUAAUGCCGUUAGAACUAUGCUUAUAUAAGUGCUAUGAUCUCAAAGGGUCUUCAGUAGGCAGAACCUGCAACAAAUCACAAGUUCAUGACACAGUCAUUCUUAAGGAUCUGGAUUUUGACUUUUGCUUUUACCUUGACCCAUUGGUCCGAGAUCGGCUCUUAGCGCAAAUCAAGUAUGACUGCGAGUUUUUGGAAGGCGAGGGCAUCAUGGAUUAUAGUUUAUUGCUUGGUAUACACCUAGAUACUACACGUUCAUUGGAAGGUUCAAUUGAUGAAAAAAAUUCCGGAAGUUUUAAUGCCAAAAGGCAAAUAGAUGAUACUUCAGAAGACGAUGAAACCUCAUCAGAGUUAACUCUUGCCGAUAUAUGCGAUCUAAUUGACAGGCCUGAUUUGAAAUUUGGUGACAGACUGCCAGCACGAGCUGUCCGAACCUGCAGGAAUGAAAUGGAGAGUAGAUCAUAUAGCUCCAGCAGAACACAAGAAUGCUUCAAUGUUCUUUUAUUCUUUGGAAUAAUAGAUUUUUGUCAGAAUUACAACAUGAAGAAACGUAUUGAGCAUGCUUGCAAGGCAAUGAAAUACGACUCAAAGUCCAUCAAAACUGUGAACCCCAAAGCCUACUCUUCUCGCUUUCAGGAGUUUCUGAGCAAAGUAUUUCUGCCCGAAGAGUCGGACUAGUCUGACCACAACUGGCAGGUUCCGUAUGCUCCUUCAAAAUCUGACCUUUAAAUUUCUUGUAUGAAACACAUUCAUGUUAUUGUUAGACUCUGAAAAAAAUAAAACUGAAUGAAAA